AUGGAGGACCCAUCUGGCUGGUCACUGACCGAGUCGGACCCGCAAGUCUUCAGCGAGCUACUCCGCAACCUCGGCGUGCAAGGUCUGCAAGUGGACGACCUGUACUCGCUCGAUGCGGACACGUUAACUCAACUCAAGCCGAUACACGCCCUCAUUUUCCUGUUCAAGUGGGUCGGCCAAGGGGGCGGCGACGACGCGGCGGGUGUCGAGAUCGAACCCUCCGAGGCGGGGGUGUGGUUUGCCAACCAGGUCAUCAACAACUCGUGUGGGACUAUUGCCGCGCUCAAUGCCGUCAUGAACAUACCCGAGGUGCAGGCUGGGACUGAGAGCAUUGGUAUUGGCUCCGAGCUUAGCAACUUGCGCGAGUUUGGGGCAGGCAUGUCGAGCAUGGACCUGGGCCAUGUCGUCGCAAGCUCGGACACGAUCCGCGAGGUCCACAACAGCUUCAGCAAGGCGUCUCCGUUCUCGCUCGACCCCUCCGCCAUUCCCGAACGCGAUAAGGACGACGCCUACCACUUUGUGACAUACCUCCCGGUCAACGGGGUGCUGUACGAGCUUGACGGUCUUCGCUCCGCGCCGCUGAUGCACGCGGGCUGUGACGACGACUGGCUCGACGCCGCGCGCGAGACAAUCGAAGCCCGUAUCGCCACAUACCCGCCCGGAUCGGUCAUGUUCAAUCUCCUCGCUGUGCGGUCUGCUGCUAUUCCGCGCCUUGAGCGCGAGAUUGCGGCAACCAGUAAUGAGAUGGAGCGGUUCCGUCUCUCAGAGACGUUGGCGCAGGAACGCGCAAAGGCCGAAGAGGGGGCGGUGGAGAACGCCCUUCGGAGACACAAUAUGUUGCCGCUCGUGCUGGGGCUGUUUGAGGCGCUUAAUGCCAGCAGUAUCAAGGCGGGCGUUAUUGAUGCUGCGCGGGACAAGGCCAAGGAGCGUAAGGCUAAGGCUGGGGAGCGCAAGCAGUAG